GUGCUCGUGAGGCGAAGGAACACUUUUUUCGUGSCGAGGRGUAUAGAUGCCAMGURGCCACUSCGGYGGUGUGGCACGCGAUUUGGUCAAAGGAUAUGUCCAAGUGUCCUGCACAUUUGGCUUCUGCCGUGCAGGCCUUGCAGAGUCUCCCUCUAGGUCAUCCCUCUUUUCAAUGGUCACCUCUUCGUUUUCCCGAUGACGUCGUUCCGCCGCCCCCGUCGACCGCUGCCCCCUCGCAAGUGGCGCCAUCUCCAUGUGCACCACUUGCUCCCCUCCCCCCUCGUCCACUUCGUAAGACGAUUCCCGCAUCCGUUGAUGGCAGACCAUCUGUGGCAACGCAGCUUGAUGCGCAAGGCACCGUGCCAGUUUCAGGUGUCGGGGAACCUGUGYCGUUCGACGAGCAAGGCACUCGUGCUUUCGUCGAGGGCGCUACCUACGGUUGCACGAUAAUGACAGACGGUUGGACCAACAUUCGGGGUCAAACGUUGUGCAACUAUCUCGUCGGCACUACACGGGGCGCCACAUACAUCGCGACAGAUGUUAUGCGAGGAAAGAAGGAUGCCACUGCWCUGGCRCAGGCUUGGCUGCGAAGGUUGAAGUCCCUUGACAUCAAGCUCGCCGACAUCACCGCUUUCGUCACAGACUCUGCCAGUUCGAACAUUUCUGCGAUGGAGGUGUUCCAGAAGGAUGAGCGUGUCAAGCACAUCUUCUGGAUUCCUUAUGUGGCAGACGUCAUGGACCUCAUCCUUGAGGACAUCGGCAGCAUUGACUGGGUGGCGACCCGCAUUGCUCAGGCGCGUUUGGUCACAAAGUUUUUCAAGCGUCAUAGCCACGUUCGCGAAGUUUUGCAAGUUUUCGCAACGAAGGCUCUGCUGCUUCCCGCCAAGACUCGCUUCGGUACGCAUGUGAUUAUGAUGCGACGACUUCUUCUGCUGCAAUCGCAUCUUAUGCAGGUGGUCGUUGAUGAUCGAUGGAAGGACAGUGUUUGGUCAACGAAGAAGAUUCGAGACGACGCCGCGGAGAUGGUGGACAGCGACACAUGGCAGAUUGGCAAGAUUCUGCGUCAGUACGACGAGAUGAUCGCGAGUUGUUUGUCUGCAUGUGCCGCUUUGGAGAAGGACGAGCAGGAUGCGCUGCUUGAAGUGUUUGAAAGACGCCGCACCAUGUUCAAGUCGCCUGAUCAUGUUGCUGCCAUGAUGUUGGACCCCGAGUUUCGAGACCGCACGAUGCCAGAUGACGAGAAGAUGCAGCACGGUUUGAAACUCGCUCUGAUUCAGUUUGGGUACCCGGAACAUUCGGAUCAGCACAACGAGGUCCUCACUGCCAUUGACAAGUUCCAUUCCAGGGAGCCGCCGUUCGACGACGUGGCCAUGGACCAGGCAGCGAGGAGCUAUACCCAUCCAGCCUGUUUCUGGGAGUCGAAGGAGAAGAGUUAGAUGUCGGUCUCUAUAGUCUAGCGGUAUCUCAUCAUAUCCCGAAAAAAAAGUCGCAGACUGAGUAAAUUGAACGUCCUGCU